CCUUGGUGGUGAGAUUUCUGACCAGACGCUUCAUCUGGGAGUACGACCCGACACUCGAAUCAACAUAUCGUCAUCAAGCCAACAUUGACGAUGAAGUUGUCACCAUGGAGAUUCUGGACACAGCAGGGCAGGAGGACGUCCAGCAGAAGGAGGGUCACAUGCGUUGGGGUGACGGAUUCGUCAUUGUGUACGACAUCACAGACCGGGGAAGCUUUGAGGAGGUAGCGCCGCUCCGAAGUCUCCUAGAGGAUGUGAAGAAGCCGAAAAACGUCCCCCUGGUGCUUGUGGGCAACAAGUCCGAUCUGGACCACGUCCGGCAGGUGGGCACAGAGGAAGGCGAGCGGCUUGCAGCUGAAAUGGCAUGUGCCUUCUACGAAUGUUCAGCAUGUGCCAAUGAGGAUGGCGCCGUGGCCGAGGCUUUCCAUGAGCUGUGUCGCGAGGUGAGGCGCCGCAAGGCCGUGCAGGGCAAGGCCAGACGCCGCAGCUCCACCACACACGUCAAACAGGCCAUCAACAAGAUGCUGACCAAGAUCAGCAGCUAGGGAAGCGCCAGACUACCGUCUGAUGACACAAGAAAUACGUUUUUCUCAUGUAAAUGUUUCAAGCAAUUUUUGGCUCAGAAAUGGACAAAAUGUGACUGAUUUAUGUGGAAUGUUCUUUACUUAUGCCCUGAUCAUAUUCCAUCAAAAAAGGUCCCAAGUGCAAUCGCUCUUCCCUCUGAUAGAGGUAAAUCAUAACAUCAAACUGAUUUGGAUCAAAAUAAUCCUGCAUACUGGUGAGAUAUGAGAUGAUUCUUGAUGAAUCAUUGAUAUGGAGAGGUCCUCAACCUUUUUUUCUUUCACCCUCGCAUACUUUUGUCUUUAAAUCAAUAAGUUAGCCAAAUGUCUGCAUGCAAGCUGUUAUUUAGCAUGCGAAGAAUCCAAGCAUUUAUUGACGUCGAACAAGAAGAUUCGUAGUUCCCUCUCUGUAUCUUGUCUGUAGGGGGAUAUUGUGAUGUGCUUUCGCCCACAUGUUUGUAACUGUUAGCGGUGAUCAAACAAAAAUACGAUGAGAGAACUAUUAGAUUAAAGUAGAUCCACUGUUCAUACCCCAUGUCAACCCUAGAAAAAAAUACCCGGAGUUGUCAAUGUCUGUCCUUCAACCAAACCUUUAAAAAAGUCUACAAUGUUCUGUUGACAUGAAAUGUUCUGCAGUGGUUCCCUGCGUUCCCCCCAUGGCUCAUGAGAGAGCAUUUCUGCUGUUUUCUCUAUACCUACGAAAGGAAGCAGUUGGCGUCCAUCCCAACAUGUCACAUUCAGAGAUGUUCUUCUUGACUGUAAUUUUAAUACUGUAAACAGUAUGUAUGAUAUGGUAUAUUGCCUUAAGCACUGCUGUGUCUUAGGUGUUCAUAGAACACAAAGGCAUCUACAGUAGAAGAUACUGUAAUUGUUAAAAUGAAAUGUUUUUUUUUCUUUAUGUAUGUGACCUCCAUGAUCAAAACAACCAGCUGUGCACUUCUAAUUAAAAUCUGAGAUAUAUCCCACCA